CGUCAGUCCGGCUCGAGCCUUCGUGGAUUGUGUGUUGUGUAUUGUGGAUCGCGCUUUCGUACGCGAGCGUACGGACUCUUCACUGAAAAAACCGAGCACUCGUAGCAUGUCUUGACGAGCAGGAGAGACGCUUCGACAGGGUCUUCGGCAGAUAAGGAUUCUCCAAAAUGGCGGGCGGUCAGCAGCUUCCGGAACAAUACACAGUACCACAGCUCGCGAGGAUCUUCCACAGCCUGCCGCAUCUGAACGUCUCUCUGCAUUCGGUCAACAAUACAUUCAAUCCUCACUCUGAAAUCUAUUUGGAGAGUCUCGGGAUACUAGGAAGUAUUCCUGCAGCUUGGUUGAUCUUAACAUUGCUGGUAUUGCUAGUUUAUUUGGUAACAAGAUGCUGCGACCGGAAGCCGCGCCCCAGAAGGUCGAUAACCCUGCUGAAGUGUUCACUGGCCGUCCUGGCAUUGCUCUGUAGUGGAGCAGUCGCUGUUGGUCUUUACGGCAACGAUGACGUACACAACGGCUUAGUGCAGCUCGUAGCAGCGGCUAAGAACGUCGACGGAAUUCUCAUGGGUGUGAGGAAUCAGACUGACACUAUAGAAGCAACUUUAAAGAAAAAGAUGCAACCGCAGCUAACUGCCCUCGGGGAUGAAUUCGACGCCCCAGUCAGCAAUAAAACAAUGUUAGGUCUGCUGUUAGUAGCGUUGAACGGCAUGAAGCAAAACACAAGCAUCGCCGUAAAUCGGAGUUUCGAAAUCCGAAAGCCUUUGAGCGGCAUCAGUCUCGCCGGUGCCAUCGGGAUGGGUGAAAAAAUCGAACAGUUGAGAUGGCCUAUCACCAUGGCGGUAUUGAGCGCUUUACUUGUUCUCUGUGUGGUUCUGGUGGUCGGUGUUGCACGACACUCCAGAUGCGUUCUCAUAACAUUUUCCGUGUUCGGCUUGUUCGCCGUGAUCGUCUCUUGGCUCAUGGCAUCCUUAUACCUAGCCACUUCUGUAGCUCUAGGUGAUCUAUGCGUGUCGCCCGACGGUUACUUAAGCAGAGCAGUACCGUCAACUUUAGCCUCCGAAGUGCUCUCGUAUUACACACACUGUGAGAACACGCGUAGCAAUCCGUUUACGCAGAGAUUGCGGGACGGGCAGCGCGCGGUAGGCAACAUGAGGCACAAUUUGAAUACUGUGACUCGAUUAGCGAUAGAACUGUUCAAAGAUCAGCAACUUCAGCCGAAACUCAGCAGCUUGUCCACGGAUGUUAACACCGUAGACAAACUCGUGUCAGGCUUAGCGACGUUACUCGAUUGUAAGCCUCUCCACAAGCAAUACGUUCAUGCCGCUAAGAGCUUAUGUCACUUGGGAUUGUAUGGAUUAACCUUUAUGCUACUAGCCAGUUUAGCUGCGGGUCUCUUUUUCACUAUACUGGUUUGGGUGGAUUCUCAUACAUGGAUAUAUAUCCGUAAACGAAGGGAUUACCAUCAAGUCGACGAGCAAGAUCCUUACUUGCCACCAUCAGCGGCUUCGCAGGCAAUAGCAGCGCGGACCCUUCGAGGCCAAGGGUCGUACCCGCCUACAGCCCCUCCGCUUAAUUCGAAUGCUCUUGGCACUCAUAAUACGAUUAAGCAGCCUCUCUUGCUAACGCCGCCCCCACCGUCCUACGCUACUGCGACUGCUCGAGCACGUCAACUGCACGAGAGCAUGCUAAAAGGUGGGGGUGUUAAUGGGAGCGGAGGAGGCGGGGAUCACAAAUCGUCUCAGCAUAAUCAGCAAUCAACGGGCGGACGGACUGAGCACCGUUCUGGACUCGGAGAUCAACCUGGCCAGUACGCGACUUUGAGCAAACAGUGCAAGACUUUAGAAUCAAGUAGAGAACCACCUUGGACGCCUAGCGUGGCGUCCUUUACCGGUACCCUGUCUCACAAUUCGCAUGGACCCGCUCAUCUCGCUACUUUUCAAGACUCUCGAAAGACGCAAACAUUGGAUCCGAAAAAUCUGACGAAUCUGAAGAGAGGUCCCACUCCGGCGUGGAAUCAAAAUCGACCGCUACCGCCGAACCCGACGAGUCAGCCGACGUGGGAGUUUGAGUCGCGCUCGCAGACCAACAUGAAUCAGUUCCGAUCGUUAGUGAGAAACAAGGCGCCUAACAUUCGUAUUCAGGAUCAGAUGCAAGAUCAAGUCAGAACUUUGGAUAGAAAUUUCUCGCGCAGUCAGUUCAACGGUACCGCGCAAAACAAUACAACGGUGCCGAAUAUGUACGGAACGUAUAAUCGAGCACAAGGAAGACAGCAGGAGAAGCCGACAGUGGCUACGCUGAGUCAGGUACAGGGUAGUGAUCCUAAUCUGUAUGCUGUAACGGAACUCUAAUCGUGGAAAAGAAAGAGGCAACAGAGAGAUGACUGUGUCAUCGCAAAACGAAUCGUCUCGACCGUCAUAACCGUAGCGCGAGGUACGUGAUGAGUAUUCAGAGUAUGCAGAGCAUACAGAAUAUACAGAGUAAGAACGCCGCCAUGUUACCAAGAGUCGUCUUUCAAUAGAGCUCGUCUUCGAUAGAAUCGUGCGAUUCGGAGUUCCUAUAGAGAAAUGGCAAACUGAUUUCGGGGAUCAGCGAUUAAAGUGAGAGAAAUUGGGGGCGAAAAAAGUUGAGAGUACUAUGUACUAGAAACUUGCAUAAGACACUUUUUAUCCGAGAUUUUGUACUUGUAUAUCAUGUACAGUGACUGUGUGGUGGGUCCUUCUGCGUUAUCCUCUUUCUCUUUGUUACCCGCGUCCCUUGAGUUUAGACGCGCACGCAAAGUACAUCCCGACGGAAUAUAUAUUUAAUGCAGCGUCAUAUAUUUAUUGCUUGUUGAUUGGGGAAAGCUGCACGAACGAAUAAGCACAAAACCUUUCACACGAAAGCUUCUUCAUGUUGACAUCGAUUCUUUACAGACAAAGAGAUAGCGUUUGCUUAUUCAUUUUAAAAUCAGCCGUUAAUUUCAUAUCUAAUACUUAACUCUAGGAGCUAGAUAUAUAUCGCAAAUUGAUGGAAAUACCAAGUUACGGUUUUUAUAUAUACUUUUUACAUUUUAAUCUCUUCUCUCGAACGCAAGGCAUCCGCAAGGCGAAUCUAUAUACGUUGACUUUUCUGUGAGAUAUUUUGUACACUUUAUAUGUGUAUGUGAACGUAUACAUCUAGUUGCCGCACGAAUGACUGGUAAUUUUUACGAGAUAUAUCGGCAAAUUGGCAGAACUCGAUUGAUUAUGAGGUACGCUCGCGAUACUGCCAAUGUGCUCAGGCAAAUAUACUUUUUAAGUACAAAACAUGAUGGUAGUACAGGUGUUACAUAGGUUUUUCAGUUUUUAUAUGAAGAACAGGCGUCUAAGGUAUCGAUGAUUAAGAGAAUAUUGGAAACAUACUUCCACAGGCGGUAAUAGUUACGACGUACUCUUUUUAGAGUAAACGGAAGAAAACAAUGAAUCUAUCGCAAAAGUUGAAUCUUAUUAUACUUUGUAAGGGCCGAGAAUGAAUUUUCUGCGGAGUGCAGUCUUCCUGAGACAUUCUAUGUAUAGCACUAGAGAUAUACUGGGUACCCGGCAAUUAUUCGUAAAAUCAGUUUUUGUGUCUUGAUAUCGGUCGCUGGAAACCGAUAAGAGGUCCGCAUGGGCGCCAGCAGACAAUGACAAGAAGCGUGUUGGCCUGCGGAUAUAAAAAGCGAAUUUUCUAAAAUCUUUAACAUAGUCCUCACAGUCAACAAUUCCGCUCGUGAAAUGUUGUUAGAACACUAUCAUAUACAUUUUAAUCGUGGACAUUAUUUAAUAAUGAGAGAAUUGUUACGAGCUUAGGAUAUAAGCACAAUUGAGUUCCGGUAUCGAGAGGAGUGACUCUGUGCCUGAGUAAUAGCCGGUCAGACGAAUGUUGUUUACUUGUACUCAGCGUCCGUCUUGGCGAGUUGUCUUUGAUUCCACGGAUGUCCGAUUUCCAGUAUCCGGUACGUCUCUAAUUGAUAUUACCUAAAGAUUUGUAAGAGUUGAGAUAGACUUGCAGCAAAGUUGCAAAUGACUCUUUAUACUCGCAUCCGCAUAUAAUUCAGUAAAUCUGUAUAUAAACGAUAACUCUUAAGAUUAUUGAGUAAACGUGAAGUGUGAUAAAUCGAAUCUAGAUGUUAUACGAACCUGUCAAAGAGCACUUUGUUAUUUCGGUUGAUAGUUUAACAAUGAUGACUUCGAACAUGGAAUUCCGAAAUGUGGAACGACAAGUCGUGCCAUUCCAAGAAUAUUUGCAUUUAUCGCAAUUACUUUCCAGAAGUUUCUUAGGAUUUGUGUCUUGUAAAAUGAUUAUAUAAUCGCAAUAUCUCAAAUAUUACGGAGAAGCGUGAAUAGAAAAAGGAAUACAUGAGAUCCAAUGUAAAUAAUUGUAAUAUUUAUUACAGAGCGAUAGCUCAUAGACUAGUAGGGUAUAUAGUUUAGUUAAUUGCUAAUUUAAGUUCUGACGAUAAAUAGAGAUAAAUAUGUGCGCGCGGCUUGGCAGCCGCGCGUGCGCGUAAAACGAAAUAAAUAUCGUUUUGUUCACUUUGGAGAGAGGUGAAGUACCCUAGUCAGUAUAUAAAGUUAUGUACAUUCGAUAGCAAAUGAAGGGAAGAUCUCUUGCCAAAUUUUUAACACGGCUCAAUUUUUAAAACCGAAGUAGAGAGAACUGCUCUUUCGUCUCAAAUAUUUGUAACGCGCGUCACUAUUAAUACCUACGAAAGCUAUAUUAGUGCGUCAUCAUCAUCCAAAUAUAUGUUCUAGAUUUUAAGAGAAGAAUUACUUAUUGAGAAAGUAUACACACAGAGAUGAUCCAACUGCAGUGUUUUAAAGAAGAACACAAGAUACGCGCUGUAUUCGUAGCUAUGAAUACGUACUUGUACUUACUUUUGUCCCUUUUGUCUAUGUGGAGGGUAAACGCUUUAUACUUUAUUUUCCUAUUGUACGAUAUUGAUUCGUAUUAUAAGUAAAGGUCCAUUUGUCAAUCCACUUGACGAGAAAUUGAAAUUGUUCUUUUUUAUCCCUUUAUGAUAUAAUUUUUUUUGCGACUCACGGAAAGUGAGAAUGUACAAAUACCUGAUUAAAAACGCGAUCAUUCUGCCUCUAUUGUUUGAGAUUUCACAAUAAAGCGCGCAAAUGGGAUCAAUAUAGUAUUGUCCAGAUCGAAAGCUGCAAGUCGUAAGAUAAAAGUCAAGCGAUCGUUUGCCAGUUUGUGACGGAAAUUCACAUUAAUCGAAUAUUCCUCUACAGGAAAUCAAUGAUCUCCGAGCUCAUAAAACCGAACGAAACCGGCGACGGAGAAAGACACUUUACAUCGCGAUCGAAGAGCACAUUUAACAUAUAUGUGAAAAUAAUAUAAAACAUGGGAAAUACUGUGUUAAACUUUUAAUAUGCAAAUGUAUAAUCUAGACGACUAAUUAAUGAGACUUUUGUUUCAAAAUUGUUUGUCAAUUUUUCCAGUUGAGGCGAAAGUCUGAGACACACGUUAGGACGCAAUUUUCAAAUAAGUAUAAUUGCAUUUAAGUUUCGCAUCAUUUUUACAUAUGACAAGAGGCAUAAUAUGGUGCAUGAGAACGAAAAUAUCUGCGUAAAAGGGAAGGAUGCUAAGAUGUGAGAGUGCGUAUCUAUUACAAAUAUAUAUGUGUUUAUGAGGAAAAAGUAAAGAGAGAGAGAGUGAAUGAGUGUGAAUGAAAGUGUGAGAAAAUCUUUUAAAUGGAAACUGUUUAUUUUCGAAAAUAAUAGAAAUGAUGUAACGCGCGCGAUACAACGUAAAAGAAUUUAUUUAAGUUAGUGCAUCUCUUCUUGGCCUAUGGCAACUUCUAAUCACAGAUUAAGAAAAUACUUAAUAAACGGUGAAAAUCAAAAAAGAUUCUAGAGGAUCUGGUUGAAUGCUAUAUACAUCGACGGAUGUGGUUAUAUUGAGCAAAAAAACGCGAGAGACCUAAGCUUUUGUGCACCCUUUAAGACUGAUGCUGGAUGUAUUGGAAGGUCCAGGGCUCUAAAGUUUUUUCCGUAUAUAUUCAUAUAUUACAUAAAUGUUAAAUCUUUUACACAUUAUUCGGUAUGGUGCACAAGGUGUUCCCUUCCAUACGAAAUUGUACCGUUCUACAGCGUGUCAGAGUCUACUACAUAGAAUAUCUAAAAAAUGGUGCAACUUUAUAUGGCAAGAGAAUUGCAACGGAACAUUUAUUUCUGUCGCGCACGUUCUUUUCGCAGUAGCCGUUUCUUUUCGGUAUUUGGUAUUUUCGCAUUUUAAACUGCAUCUCUAAUGUACUUCUCGUUCUAUCUAUUAGUAGAAUCGUAGAUGAUGUGUGUGUGCGUGUGUACGCGCACACACAUACAUACCAUUAUUUCUUUUCUCUUAUUUUUCCCUUAACGCGCAAAGAAAUUAUUUACGCGAAAUAUGUAGAGGCUAAUUCAUAAACUUACGUAAGUUAUAAUAUUCUAUUGUGACUUUCUUUGUAUGUGCGGUUACGUGAAUAUUUCAAUAUACUAUUAUAAAGAGGCUUAUCUCAAGAGCGCAUAACAACCGAAAACAAACAGAACUUGUUAAUCGAUAUCAUUUUUUGUAAAUUACGAUUGUGUAUAAAUAAUUGCCAUAUGUCAGAUUUAAUUCCUCCUAUUGUAACGGAACAUGAAUAUUACAAAAAGAGAAAUAAAAAUACCCUAUGAUCCACAA